AUGGCCGCGAACAUCGAUUCCGCACCCGUGCUCACCUCAACGAGCACGUACCCCAGCACUACCACUACCACCACAAGCAUGUGCGAUCCGCAGACUGCUGCUGCUAUCAACUACGCCACCACCACCACCACCGCCACUAGCAGCAGCACUACUACUAGCAGCAGCAGCGGCAGCAGCAACAGCACAAAGACAUGGACGCAGCACCUCAACCACGCCAUCGGUGCGCGGUUGUUCGGGAUUUUUGUCCUCCUGCCCUGGGCAAUGGUUAUGUUCUGGCGCGGGGACUGGUCAGACUUUGAUUUCGGCAUAGACGGAGACGACUGUGGAGGACUGUCGUCGUCGUUGUCGUCGUCUGAUGAUUCGGAUGGGAACGGGGACGGAAACGGAAACGGAGACACCGAGAAGGACGGCAACAAUGAUGGGUAUCGUGGCGAGGACAAGGAAUGGGAGGAGAUGGAGAUGGUGAUGGAUAGCGGCCCGACGACGGUCUCAGAGUUGGUUGGCGGGAUGCUCCUCCUUGGGGCCAUCAUCGUAGUCCAGGGGCCCUUGCUCUGGACGAUGUUGGAUCCGGCGGCCGCGGCGAAGUGA